AUGCUUGCACAGAGACCCUCAUUCCGCUUCUUGGCCACUGGUGCCGUCGGUUCGCUCUUCAUCCUCGCAUUCCUGUCAUUUGGAAUUCGCUAUUCAGACAGCUCUGCUCUAUAUACCUUCAAAACGUCUCAGCCCCGCCCCUCAUUGCACUGUCCGUCGGUUGAGUCUACCAACGGUACAUGGGAAUUUGCUGUAGAGCGUGAUGGGCUGGAUCAUGGGCUGUCAGAGGAGCAGUGCCGCACUGCAUUCCCCAAGCUUUUCAUUGAGAUCGAUAAAUCUGUCGCGUUGAAGCAGAACAACCAUAUCUCCUAUAAGGAACUUGAUUCUCGGAAUGUGGAGGAUAGUAUGGUGCGGGGGAUUAUCGAUCAAGGCGAGUCUAAUAUGGAUUUCCUACCAAAGCUGUACAUUGUAGAUUAUGCUGCAAUGCCCGUUACGCAAACUCGAGCACGCGCCACAUUGAACUCGCUAUACCGUGCCCUCAAGGCAUACCCGGAUCGCCAACUCCUCCCAACUAUUGAAUUUAUCUUUACAACGGAAGACUUUGCUGAAGACCCUUCGGGACUUGGCCCGGUUUGGGCCUACUCUAAGCGCGACGGCGAUGAUUCAGUCUGGCUAAUGCCCGACUUCGGAUACUGGUCCUGGCCCGAAGUACAGAUUGGGCCCUAUCAAGAAGCCCGACGACGCAUUGCAGCAAUAGACGAUGGAGAGACUCUAGCGGAUGGCACGAAUGUACCAGGGUUAAAUUUUCAGGACAAAAAGAAACAGCUUGUCUGGCGCGGAAGCCUAGCGACCAACCCGGCCAUACGCAGCAAGUUGCUCAAAUCCGCCCAGGGCCGAAGUUGGGCUAGUGUUCGUGUCAUUGACUGGGACAAUGAGAACGAUAUUCGAUACAAUCUCCUCCCAAUUGAAGAUCACUGCCGCUAUAUGUUCGUCGCCCACACCGAGGGCCGCAGUUUCUCCGGUCGCGGAAAGUACCUUUUGAACUGUCGUUCCGUGAUGAUUUCGCAUCCUCUGAUUUGGCGUGAGGCCCAUCACGGUGCGCUCGUUUUGUCUGGUCCAGAUGCGAACUAUAUAGAGGUUCAGCCCGAUUUUAGCGACCUGUCAAGCAAGCUUGAUUUCUUGAUUGAUAACCCGCAGACUGCGGAGCGGAUCGCUAACAAUGCGGUGCGCACAUUCCGGGAUCGAUAUCUGACACCAGCUGCUGAGUCUUGUUACUGGCGGUACUUGAUCAGACAGUAUGCUGCUGUCUGUGAUUUUGAGCCAGUCUUAUUCUCCACGGAUCGGGAUGGCAGGAAGUUGCCUCGUGGUGUCCCCUAUGAGACAUGGUUGCUUACGCACUGA